CUUGGUCAACUCAAUACGAGGCUGGUUGCAAAAAUAUUUCAAACAUGGAUGAAGAAAGUAAUAGAGCCGGCGAUGAGGAAAAUCGCAUCACAUACAGCAUAGAAACGAGAGGCAAGCUUAUUGCCGGCUUGAUUAUUGUAGCUGGAGUUUCUUUUUCUUGGGUAGGCGCAUCACAGUUUACUGAGAAUACAUACACAAAGUCAUUUAAUUCACCUUCGUUUAUGAUGUGGUUCUCUACUUCCUGGAUGUCACUGUCGUAUCUACCAGCAGUUAUCCUCUCUUUUUUCCAGCGGAAACGGCUCAUUGAUACUUACAGGAAUGAUGCAAUGAUCUUUGGUACCAAUGGAGUAUGUCCCAGGUCAUUGUUCAAGAUUGUGUUGCCAUUCUGUCUCAUCUGGUGUGUAACAAACUACUGCUAUACCAGGGCUCUUGGUAAAGUAGCAGUAACAGAUGUGACUGCCAUGUUUGCAAGUUGUAAUGCAUUUGUUUAUGUGUUUUCCCUCCUGAUUCUAAAGGAACAAUUCAUGCUUUUACGGGUUAUGUCAGUUAUAUUAUCGAUCUCUGGUGUUGUUGUUAUGGCUUAUGCAGAUGGUUUUAAGGGUCCCUCUCUAGAGGGUGUUUUACUGUCAAUGUCUGCAGCUGUUGGAGCUGCCUUUUACAAGGUUAUGUUCAAGCGCGUUUUUGGUGAUAUUUCAGUUAACAGAGUGGCACUUUUUCUCUCACUGCUUGGCAUCGUCAACUUUUUAGUCCUGUGGCCUCCUUUUGAAAUCCUGUAUUUCACCCACGAGGAGUCAAUAAACUGGUCCAAUAUUCCUUGGGGCUUUUUGUGUGGCCGAUCGAUUUUGAGUUUAGUUUUUAAUUUCCUCAUAAAUUUUGGCAUUGCGUAUACUUUUCCGUUGUUCAUUUCACUUGGUACAAUCCUUGGAAUACCGAUUAAUGGUAUUGUCGACAGUGUGUAUAGAAACAAAACGUUUAGUGGAUUGAAGAUAGGAGCUUCGUUUCUUAUAGUCGGGGGUUUUCUGCUGAUGCUUUUACCUUCCAAUGUCUUUGAUAGAUUUAAAUCCAAAAACCCUGAAAAGGUGAAUCUAAUAACAUAG